UCUGUCAUUCUGGUGAUUUAGCUGUCAGAUUGUUUCGCUAAUUUACUCACUGAAAACGCUCUGCCGAAGCUUUUGGGUCUUCGUUACAGCGCUAGACGACUAGCCGUCCAGGUCGGCGGGUGCCGGCAGCUGCAGAGCGCCGAGCUGGCGCGCUGGGAUGCGGCGGGGGAUGGUAGCACCAUGAAUAAACUGGUGUCGUGGUCGGAGGAAGACGAGGCGGUGGCGGCUACGAACUCGGACGCUACGGAGUGCAAGCGGGGUGCUGUAGAGCUGGGGUACUGGAGCGACCCUUAUGUGCGCCUAUUCGCGCGCCCUCGCGCUGAGCGCAGGGCGCCGGAGAUCCACCGAGGAUACUAUGCACGGGUGCGCGCAGUAGAGGUGUUCAUCCAUCAGUUUCUUGAGCGAUGUGACAGCAAGUGCCAAGUAUUGAACCUCGGCUGUGGCUUCGACACGCUGUUCUGGAGGCUCCGUGACGUCACACAGGCAGUCGGUAACUUCAUUGAACUGGACUUUCCCACUGUCACGGCCAAGAAGUGCCAGAUUAUAAAGCGGAAUAAGCAGCUGCUUGAGAAAAUCACAAAUGAAGACGGCGAAGUAGCCAUCCGCGCCGGUGGCGCCGACUUGCACGCCGAUGGCUACCACCUGUGCGGCGUUGACUUGCGCGAUGAGCCCGGCGUGCUGCGGGCCCUGACCGCCGCCGGCGCAAGACCAGACGCGCCAACCCUAGUGCUGGCCGAGUGUGUGCUAGUGUAUCUCAGGGAGGAUGCUGCUAACAGAUUACUCCGACUUCUGGCGCAGCAGUUCCCAAAGCAGGUGCUGGUGGUGUAUGAACAGUGCAACCUAGACGACAAGUUCGGCGAGGUAAUGAUACGCAACUUGGUCGCGCGCGGGUGCGGCGAGGUGGGCGCGCGGCACAUGGACGCGCCGGGCGCCGCGGCCGGCCGGCUGCUGGCCGCCGGGUACGACACCGCGCGCGGCUGGGACAUGGACACGGUAUGGCGCUCGCUAGGCGAAGAAGAACGGGCCCGCGUCGAAGCCCUAGAACCUCUGGACGAGGGUGAACUACUACAACAGUUACACGCGCACUACGCGCUCACUGUCGCCUCCCGAGGCGAUUUGUUUGCCGAUAUCGACCUUAACGCGUAGACCAGGACUUGACCUGCAACAGUUACACGCACUACGCGCUCACUGUCGCCUCCCGAGGCUUGUUUGCCGAUAUCGACCUUAACGCGUAGACCAGGACUUGACCUGCAACAGUUACACGCACUACGCGCUCACUGUCGCCUCCCGAGGCGAAUUGUUUGCUUAUAUCGACCUUAAUGCGUAGACCUGGACCUGAUCUGCAAUAGUUACACGCACUACGCGCUUACUGUCGCCUCCCGAGGCUUGUUUGCCAA